AUGUUAUGUGUUACAUCUUCUGUCUCAUCCGAAAAUUUCUAUGUAGGAAAAGAUGGAACAAAAUGGUCUAAAGUAUUGCCUUUCAAAAAUGUUCGGACUCCGUCGAAAAACAUUGUAACCCAUUUACCUGGUGUAAAAAAACAAUAUCGAAAUUUAAAAACUCCAGUUGAUUGUUUACUUCAAAUUUUGGAUGAUGAUAUUCUAGGAGAUUUGGUCAACUAUACUAAUAUUUAUAUUUCAACAAUAAAAGAUAAAUUUUCCAGAGAAAGAGAUGCUUUUGAAACAAAUGUAGCGGAACUGAAGGCUUUGUUUGGAUUGUUAUACUAUGCUGGUGUUUUGAGAGCAGCGCACCUGAACGCAAAAGACUUGUGGUCUACUGAUGGUUUUGGAGUUACUAUUUUUAGAAAUACAAUGACACUCAAUCGUUUCCAUUUUCUUUUGAGAUGCAUUCGAUUCGAUAAUAUAAAUUCGCGAUCACAAAGAAAAGAAACUGAUAGACUCGCAUCUAUUAGGGACAUUUUUGAAAAGUUCUUGAAGAACAUACAGAAACUGUACUCUAUCUCAGAAUAUUGCACAGUUGAUGAAAAACUUGAAGCAUUUAGAGGAAGGUGUCAAUUCAGGCAAUACAUGAGAAAUAAGCCAGCCAAGUAUGGUAUUAAAAUUUUUGCUUUAUGCGAUUCUCGCACGUUUUACACAUAUAAUUUAGAAAUUUAUGCCGGACAACAGCCUAUCGGACCUUACAGGCAAUCAAAUACGCCAUCUGAUGUCGUCAAAAGAAUCAUUUCGCCGAUAAAAGGAACAUGUAGGAACAUAACAAUGGAUAAUUGGUUUAUGAGUGUUCCUUUAGCGACUGAUUUAUUACACAAUUAUAAACUUACUUGCGUCGGUACACUUCGAAAAAAUAAAAGAGAAAUUCCGUUAGAAUUUUUGCCUCAUAAAGGUAGACCUGUACACUCUUCACUAUUUGGCUUCAAAAAUAAGGAACUUACUUUAACAUCGUAUGUUCCAAAAAAAUGCAUCGGUCCUGGUAUUGUCAUCUAUGCAUGA